UAUGUUACAGUUUAGUUAAGAGCUCACUGUUACAUAGAAGAGUCUAUAACGCUGGUAACUCAUCACAAUGUGCAUCUACAUUAUUUACUCACCGGUAAGACUGGCACGUCGAACAUUACUAAGCACCAGUCUCGCACUUGCAAUAUGUGCUAUAGGUGUGACAGUGUAUGGCGCCUACAUUAUGAAACAUAUGGGUCAAAUAGAGGAACAUAGAGACAUUACCAUUAUGAGUAAGAAUUUACAGAAGUCACCUUAUCAUUUACAAAAUUUUCCUUUGGGUGUUAUGGCUGUGGGACACGCACUGUUCUUGUUUUUCUUGUGUGGACCGUUCGUACUGAGGAGCGACAAGUCGAACGCAUUUUAUCUGUAUGGUUUUGCCUUGCUCGGUAUGGGAAUCACAUGUUGUUUAACCCCUAACAUCAUAAGAAACAUCGCGGAGAACUUUCUAGAUGAACUGGACACGCCAGAGUUGGAGCCAACUUUGAAUCAGGAACAAUUCUUAGAAGUCAUACAGUUCUACGCGCAAUGUUGCGGGGUUACUCGCAGAGACUUUAAUUCAACUUUCCACCCAUCCGAGCUGCCGAUGACUUGCUGCCCGAGCUGGGAGUGGGUGCGGCUCAAAAGCGAAAACCACAAGGAUUGUCCUUGGUCGGAUGCAUACGAAGCCGGGUGCAGAGAUGCAAUAAUAGAAACUGAUUUCUCCCAACGAAUAUUUGUUCCUAUUGGCUUAGUACAGGUAUAUGCGGGAAUGGCGGCGAUAUACUUGGCGCUUGAUUUGUAGCCGCGCGUCGCCCCACCACCUCCCUGGAAACUGCGCUGCGCAUUUAUAAUACAGAGUAAAAAACUGCGCAGAAUUAAGUAAAUAGAAGAUAAUUAUAUCAAAUACUAGCGUACGCUCGCGAUUUGUCCACCUUUAGACCUCCUUAAACCGGCCCUGUCGCAAAUCCGUGCUUAGCGGAUGUCUAAGCUAAUGUUAAAUAAAUCAUCACGAAAUAUCGAAAACCGCUUGAGGUACAAAGAUGAAAAUUGGCAGGGAGGUAGUUAGUAGACGUCCGCUAGAAAGUCAU